AUGGCUCGUUCUUCCUUGCCUAGCCGCCGCACCGCACAAUUUAAAUUGAACAAGAGGAAGACUAUUGCGCAUGCUCCAUCUCCCGGCCUUUCGAAUGGAAUGCACACUGUAACGCCGCCCAUCUGUAAUAAUAAUUCUACCACUUCAGACUCCAAUAUCCAUGUAUACGUGAGGUGUAGAUCGCGCAACAAAAGAGAAAUAGACGAAAAAAGUAGCGUAGUGAUUUCUACCCUGGGACCACAGGGAAAGGAGAUUAUUCUCUCCAACGGUUCCCACCAAUCAUACUCAUCGUCGAAGAAAACUUAUCAAUUUGAUCAGGUGUUCGGUGCAGAAUCUGAUCAAGAAACGGUAUUCAAUGCCACUGCAAAAAACUAUAUUAGAGAAAUGUUGCAUGGCUACAAUUGUACAAUAUUCGCAUAUGGUCAAACAGGAACAGGUAAAACCUACACCAUGUCUGGCGACAUAAACAUUCUCGGUGACGUACAAUCCACAGAUAAGCUGUUAUUGGGAGAACACGCAGGUAUUAUACCACGCGUCCUAGUUGAUUUAUUUAAAGAAUUAAGCACUUUGAACAGAGAGUAUUCCGUAAAAAUAUCUUUCUUAGAGUUGUACAACGAAAAUCUGAAAGAUUUACUCUCUGAUAGCGACGAUGAUGAUCCUGUAGUGAAUGAUACCAAGAGGCAAAUUCGCAUUUUUGAUAACAAUAAUAAUAAUUCGUCCAUUAUGGUCAAAGGAAUGCAAGAAAUAUUUAUUAACUCUGCUCACGAGGGCUUGAAUCUGUUAAUGCAAGGUUCUUUGAAAAGGAAGGUGGCCGCUACUAAGUGCAAUGAUCUCUCGUCGAGAUCUCAUACGGUUUUUACAAUCACGACAAACAUAGUUGAACAAGACAGCAAAGACCAUGGACAAAACAAAAAUUUUGUCAAAAUCGGUAAAUUGAAUUUGGUAGAUUUGGCUGGCAGCGAGAACAUCAACAGAUCGGGUGCAGAGAAUAAGAGGGCUCAAGAAGCUGGCCUGAUUAACAAAUCACUAUUAACAUUAGGUCGUGUCAUCAACGCCCUCGUUGAUCAUUCCAACCAUAUACCAUACAGAGAAUCCAAGUUGACAAGAUUACUACAAGACUCUUUAGGUGGUAUGACGAAAACAUGCAUCAUUGCUACUGUAUCACCUGCGAAAAUAUCCAUGGAAGAGACUGCAAGCACGCUAGAAUAUGCAACGAGAGCCAAAUCUAUUAAAAAUACUCCACAAGUUAACCAGUCUUUAUCAAAGGACACAUGUCUCAAAGACUACAUUCAAGAGAUUGAAAAAUUAAAAAACGACCUGAAAAAUUCAAGAAACAAACAAGGCAUAUUUAUCACUCAAGACCAAUUGGAUCUUUACGAAAGCAAUUCCAUACUAAUCGAUGAACAAAAUUUGAAAAUACAUAACUUACGAGAACAGAUUAAAAAGUUCAAGGAAAAAUAUCUAACUCAGUUAGAUAUCAAUAAUUUGUUACAAUCUGAAAAAGAGAAACUUGUUACUGUAAUACGAGAUUUUGACAUAGACUAUUCCCACUUUUAUUCUAAAAUUCAACAGAUUCACUAUACUAACCUCGAGCUUAUAAAUCAAGUCACUCAACAAAGAGAUUCAUCACAUGAAAACUGUCAAAAACAAUACACUGCCAACCAGAAUAUGCAACUAAAAAUUUCCCAACAGGUACUACAAACUCUAAACAGUCUGCAAAAUUCUUUAAGAAACUAUAAUUCAAAAUUCUCUCAAGUCAUCAACGGCGUAACUGAAGAGUUAACCAACAGCGUAAAUUCUCAUAAAGUCAACCAUGAUUCUACUUUCAAGUCAUUAAUGAAUACCACAGCGAAUUUACUGAUGAUUAAAAUGAACGAACUUGUCCUCAGUAUUUCGAAUUCAUUUAAAGAUUUCCAGAGUGAUUUUGCUUCUCACUGUAAUAAAGAUUUGAAUGAUAUUUAUCAAUCACAUAAGCUUCUUUUAAGAAAUCUACAAAGUGAUAUCAAAAAAUGUCUUGAUUCGAUAGGGCGCUCAGUAUUAGCUUCCAUAAACGAAAUAUCGGAUAGUUGUUCCACAAACUUGAAUAGUAUGAAUGUUUUAAUAAACAAACAUGAAUCAGAAGUAUUAAAAGUAAUUGAAAAGAAAGAUUCGGAAAUAAAAAAACUGAAAAACGAUUUGGUCAAUGAGCGUAAGAUCUCUAAUGAAUUCAGCGAACAGUUGACGCAAUUGAAGUGGUAUUUCCAAAAUCAUGUAUCUAGGACUCGCAACGAACUUCAUGAUGAACUUGACGGAUUUAUUAAUAAGUUGAAGGACAAACAACUUAAAUUAGAUCAAGACAUCUGGCAUAAAACGACCUCCGUUUUCAAUCAAACUGAUAUUGCCGUUAAUAAAAUUUAUUCUGAAUCAAUAUUAUCCUUGACACAAGAUGUUGAAGGGGCUUUAGAGACAGUUUCUCAUAACAAUGCAGCUUUCACAAAGAAUAUGACUGGUCUAUCACACGAAAUGGACGUGAACAUAUCCUCCAAACUGAAGAGUUUGCCCAUUGAUAGAUUUUUGAAUGAAAUAUCACACAAAAUUUGUAAAAACAGUGGUGACAAUAAUAAUAAUGUGCCAGAAUCAAAUCCAGUAUUGGAUUCAAUCAAGAAAUUUCAAAAUACGAUCUGUUCAGAUAAUGCUUUAACGAAUGAGAAGAUGAUGACGUUAACCGAUGCAGUAACAUCACAUAUCGAAACCAUAGCUAAUGAAAACAAUAUCAAUUUAACUGUAAUGAACGAAAAUUUCAACUCUUUAUGCAGUUUUAUAUUAACCGAUUACGAAAAGAACAUCAUACAAAUCUCAAAAACACAAAAUGAAGUACUUACUGAACACUUUGAGGGCUUACAGUCAUUGAAUGAAAAGGGUAUAAACAUUAUCACUACCCACAGUAUAGAAAAACCUCUCAGUGAGUAUGUACGACCUGAAUCGUCUGUUACCAAGACUUUACCCUUAUUGGACUAUCCAAAACAACUCCAAAUUUACAGGGACGCUGAAAUUAAGAGCAAAGACGACACUAUAAAGUCUCGUCCUUGUGCAUCAAACUCAUUUACAAGAGAAAACUUUGCUGUCUCACAUUUCAGUCCAAAGACUCCGGUACCUGUACCUGAUCAACCCUUACCAAAAGUACUUAUACCAAAAAGCAUAAACUCCACCAAAUCCAGUAGGUCAAAAACCUUACCAAAUACAGAUGACACUGGACGAGAGUCACAUAACAAUUUGAAGAGAAGGUUUACGACGGAACCAAUACUAAAGGGAGAGGAAACUGAAAAUAAUGACCCAUCACAAAACAAGAAAGUUCAUCAAUAA